AUGGAGGCCCGGAGGUUAUCUAUCGCCAGAUCGAGUCGCUUGUCCGGCUCAUCAGGGCUGUCUGGGAGAUUCCGAGACCUGUGGAACCACCUGCCAGAACAAGAGAGCGUGCCCCGAAACGAGGAGGCCAAGACAAAGGAACUGGUUGCUGUUAAAGAAGUUAUGAGCACGGCUGUUGCCAUCAGCUUAAGCACUGACUCCAUCCGAUAUACCUUAACAGCUGUGUUGUAG